AUGGAGACAUUCGUCGGGGAGGCGCGCCGCGCGACGUGGGCGGCGCUGCCCCCGCAUUUCAACCUUCCAUCCUGGGAUAUUCUUCUGCAGGAACCGGAGAACGAUCUGCCGGACGCGGACGAAGGCAACGACGUUGAUGAAGAGGGCGAUGACCAUGAUUCACUAUCAAGACCGAAAUGGAAGCGCGGCGAGAGACAGCAAACGUGCUUGGGUCGGGGAUCUGACUGGGCAGCGGAGACGAACGACCAUCCGAUGAGGAAGCGGGCGCCAGAUGUAUGA